AUGAAAUAUCACGUUAUCUUUUUGCUGACCAUUUGUCUGAGCUUUUGUUUGGCUCAAAAGUCAGACAAUGAGACAGACACCCAAAGACAGGGUCGGGAGGAAAGGAAGUUCCGUUUUGAAGAAGACAAGAAGGAAUUGUCACAAUUUCUUAAUACCAAAAACAUUGUUAAAACUGUUGUAAAGCUGUUGUUUGGCUCCAGUGAGGAAAGCUCUGCCACAUCUCGACAAGUCCUUAAUGUUUUAGUUAAAGUGUUAGAUAUGUUGAAAUCAUCAUUUGGUCAAAGAGCCAGAUCUUCAUCUGCAAGAGGUCUGCGCGACUCUAUCGAUGACGCGGCUGUGGCCAGCAUUUCAAUGGUUAAAGGAUACGUGCGAUCGAUACUAACAAAUGACGAAAUUUGUGCUCAAAAGCAUACGUGCGAAGCGGCUGCCAGAGCAUCCCGGGAGGGACGCGAACUCGGAUAUCUUAUCGCACAAAUGGGAUCUUAUGCCUCAAGCUAUCUGUUGGAAAACCAGAAGUCCAUACCAUUCAAUACCAACUAUGAGGCCUCACGACAGGGAAGAAAUGGAGCCGAAUGUGCAAAGUUGUACUCAACCUGUAAUGAAACCGAUUAA